AAAGCAUUGAACAGAACAGAAAACUCACUGCCUUACAAUAUACAACACUCUCCGUUUCAGCUCUGUAGAGAGAGAGAUGGAGAAGAGUGCGGAUGAGUCGUCAGUGGACACAAACCUAGAAAUGGAAGCCCAGUCGAGGCUUUACGAAGCGUACAACGAGCUUCACGGGCUGGCUCAGGAAUUCGAGACACCGUUCGACGCUCCGGCGGUGCUGGUGGUCGGCCACCAGACGGACGGCAAGAGCGCUCUGGUGGAGGCCCUCAUGGGCUUCCAAUUCAACCAUGUCGGCGGGGGCACCAAGACUCGCCGUCCCAUCACCCUCCACAUGAAGUACAACCCUCACUGCCACACCCCACUCUGUCACCUCCUCUCCGACUCCGACCCCACCGUCCCACAAGAAAAGUCUCUCCAAGAAAUCCAGGCAUACAUUGAAGCUGAAAACAUGAGGUUGGAGAGUGAACCUUGUCAAUUCUCUGCCAAGGAAAUAAUAAUUAAAGUAGAAUAUAAAUAUUGUCCAAACCUCACCAUCAUAGAUACUCCAGGACUUACUGCUCCUGCUCCAGGUCGAAAAAAUCGAACUUCACAGGUUCAAGCUCGUUCAGUGGAGUCCCUAGUACGAGCUAAAAUACAGCACAAAGAGUUUAUCAUAUUAUGCCUUGAAGAUUGCAAUGAUUGGAGCAAUGCAACGACUCGGAGGGUGGUAAUGCAAGUGGAUCCUGAUCUUUCAAGGACUGUGAUUGUCUCGACGAAGCUUGAUACCAAGAUACCUCAGUUUGCACGUCCUUCAGAUGUGGAAGUUUUUCUUUCACCACUUGCAUGUACACUUGAUGGAUUCAUGUUGGGUGACUCCCCCUUUUUUACAUCCGUGCCUUCUGGAAGAGUUGGUUCUGGACAUGAAUCUGUUUACAGAUCAAAUGAUGAGUUUAAGCAGGCUAUUUCUUUAAGAGAGAUGGAAGACAUAGCAUCUUUGGAGGAGAAGCUGGGUCGCCCACUGUCAAAGCAAGAAAGAAGCAGGAUAGGUGUAAGCAGCCUUAGGCUAUUCUUGGAGGAAUUGCUACAGAAAAGGUAUAUGGACAGUGUUCCAAUGAUCAUUCCACUUCUUGAAAAAGAGUACCGGAGCACAACAAGGAAGCUAAGUGAAAUAAAUCAGGAGCUCAGCACUUUGGAUGAAGUAAAACUAAAGGAGAAAGGAAGAGCUUUUCAUGAUCUGUUCCUGACCAAGUUGUCAUUGUUAUUGAAAGGGACAGUUGUUGCACCUCCAGAUAAAUUUGGGGAAACACUACAAGAUGAGAGGGGUAAUGGAGGGGCAUUUAUUGGUACCGACGGUCUUCAGUUUCCACAUAAGUUAAUUCCUAAUGCGGAGAUGCGUCUUUAUGGGGGUGCUCAAUAUCAUCGUGCAAUGGCUGAAUUUCGUUUUGUUGUUGGAGGAAUCAAAUGCCCCCCAAUCACACGGGAAGAAAUCGUAAAUGCAUGUGGAGUCGAAGAUAUUCAUGAUGGAACAAACUAUUCCAGGACGGCUUGCGUAAUUGCUGUUGCAAAGGCUCGUGAUACAUUUGAACCUUUUCUUCAUCAGUUGGGCUGCAGGCUCUUGCACAUCCUAAAGAGAUUGUUUCCCAUUUCUGUCUAUCUUCUUCAGAAAGAUGGUGAAUUUCUAAGUGGCCACGAGGUGUUUCUAAGACGUGUUGCCUCUGCCUUCAACAAUUUUGCAGAAUCCACUGAAAGAGCUUGCCGUGAAAAAUGUGUGGAGGAUUUAAUGAGCACCACCCGUUAUGUUACCUGGUCACUCCACAAUAAGAAUCGGGCUGGAUUACGUAAAUUCUUGGACUCGUUUGGGGGAACAGAACAAUCUACUAUAAGUGGUAAUUCUACAUCUGCUGGCCUUUCUCAGGAGUCAGCAUUUGGGUCACUGGCCAAUGACAAGCAGGACAUUAAGCCAAGGGCAGAUGUAAAACUCAGUCAUUUGUCCUCUGGCAUUGACUCGAGUGCGAAUAUUCAGACAACAGAGACAAGGCUGGCUGACCUUUUAGAUAGCACGCUUUGGAACAGGAGGCUUGCUCCUUCAUCUGAAAGGAUUGUAUAUGCUCUGGUACAACAGAUAUUCCAUGGCAUAAGAGAGUAUUUCUUGGCUUCUGCAGAAUUAAAGUUCAAUUGCUUUCUUCUAAUGCCGGUUGUGGACAAGUUGCCUGCACUCCUUCGGGAGGACUUAGAAUCUGCAUAUGAAGAUGACCUGGACAAUAUAUUUGACAUCACUAAUAUGCGAUAUUCACUGGGGCAGCAGAAGCGAGAAGCAGAGAUCGAGCUGAAACGGAUACAACGGCUUAAAGAGAAAUUCAGACAGAUUCACAAUCAGCUUAAUUUGCAUCAGGUCAUCUUGAGGACCUAGCUAAUGUAAAUCCCAUUGAGUGCUAUUUGAUUGGAAUUGUUUUUUUUUCUAAUCAUCUCAAGUACAGAUAAUGGUCAAAUGUGUGAGCUAUAAUUCUUUCCUUGUCCCUUUUUCAAACUCUCUAUUUUGUUAUUGUGAAAGAGAAAUUAUCGGUAGUCAAUUUUAUCUUAGUUUACAAAUAUAUUUAUACUUUCCGUUUCGUUUA